AUGGUGCUUGUAAUCGGUCACUGUUUUGUGGGUGCACUCUUGUGUGCUUUUCUUCUGAAUGGUUUAGUUGUGUCUGAUCAUAUUACUACUGGUGACAAAGAUGAUAAGCACUUGUUUCAUCGUCCCCAUUUGUUGAAGAAGGGGUUUAGUGUUGGUGGCAUAGGAGGUGGGGCAGGAGUGCUUGGUGGCGGUAUUGGAGGAGGUGCGGGUGGUGGAUUUGGAGGAGGCGUAGGGGGUGGUGGUGGCCUAGGUGGUGGCAUUGGAGGUGGACAAGGUGGUGGUCUGGGGGGUGGCAUUGGUCAUGGCCAUGGUUUAGGUGGUGGUAUUGGACAUGGUCGAGGUAUUGCAGGUGGUGGCGGUGUAGGAGGUGGUGGUGGACUAGGAGGAGGUGCUGGAGGUGGUCUAGGUGGUGGAUCUGGUGGAGGUCUUGGUGGUGGCGGUGGAGCCGGUGGAGGGAUAGGUGGUGGUGGUGGACUUGGAGGUGGAGCUGGUGGAGGGCUAGGUGGUGGUGGUGGGCUUGGAGGUGGAGCUGGUGGAGGGCUUGGAGGUGGAGCUGGUGGAGGGCUGGGAGGUGGAGCUGGUGGAGGAAAUGGUGGCGGGCUUGGAGGUGGAGCUGGUGGAGGAAAUGGUGGCGGGCUUGGAGGUGGAGCUGGUGGAGGAAGUGGUGGCGGGCUUGGUGGUGGAGCUGGUGGAGGAAAUGGUGGCGGGCUUGGAGGUGGAGCUGGUGGAGGAAAUGGUGGCGGGCUUGGUGGUGGAGCUGGUGGAGGAAGUGGUGGCGGGCUGGGAGGUGGAGCUGGUGGAGGAAGUGGUGGCGGGCUUGGUGGUGGAGCUGGAGCUGGUGGAGGGCUUGGUAGUGGAGCCGGUGGAGGAGGCGGUUUAGGUGGUGAUGGUGGACUUGGAGGUGGAGCUGGAGCUGGUGGAGGGCUUGGUGGUGGAGCCGGUGGAGGAGGUGGGUUAGGUGGUGGUGGUGGACUUGGAGGUGGAGCUGGAGCUGGUGGAGGGCUUGCUGGUGGAGCCGGUGGAGGAGGUGGUUUAGGUGGUGGAGCAGGUGGCGGGGGAGGAUUUGGAGGAGGUGGUGGUGUUGGAGGAGGGUUUGGAGUUGGUGGUGGUGUUGGUGGUGGACUAGGUAGCAGUGGAGGUGGUGGGUUUGGAGGAGGUGCUGGUGGAGGUUUGGGUGGUGGUGGCCGCUAA